CUCCAGUUCUGGCAUUAAUUGGUUCGGCCUCCUAGCUCCGUCUACCCAGACAGGAGGGGGGCCGUGAGUGAGAAACUAGGGAAGGAGGAACACCAGGAGGCGGCUUCGGGAACUGGAACGCGCAGGCGCAAAAGCACUGCUCGGCCUCCACGAAGAAGCCAGGGCGCUGAGGGUCCAGACUCCAGCUGGCUCCCCCCUACAUCAACUGGAGGAGAAAAGUUUGUGAAUUGGGCCCCCAAGUUUUGGGGGACCCGGGCUUGCGGCGUGAGGUGACAGAGGAGGCUCGUUCGAGCUUCUCCCAUGGAGCCUACCCAGCCUACAGAAGAACUCAGCUUGACCCAGCAGCCCUCCACCCCAGAAUUUGGGGACCCUGAAGACCCGGGUGAUGAGAUCCUUGAUGGCUCAGACACAGUGGUGCUCAGUCUCUUCCCCUGCACUCCGGAGCCUGGGAAUCCUGAGCCGGAGGCUGGUGCCUCCUCACCUCAGGCAGGCAGCUCCCUGAAGCACUCCACAACACUCACCAACCGGCAACGGGGGAACGAAGUCUCGGCCCUGCCAGCCACCCUGGACUCCCUGUCCAUCCACCAGCUUGCAGCCCAGGGGGAACUGAGCCAGCUGAAGGAGCAUCUGAGGAAAGGUGACAACCUCAUCAACAAGCCAGAUGAGCGCGGCUUCACCCCCCUCAUCUGGGCCUCAGCCUUUGGAGAGAUUGAAACCGUCCGCUUCUUGCUCGAGUGGGGUGCGGACCCCCACAUCCUGGCCAAGGAGCGGGAGAGCGCCCUGUCACUAGCCAGCACAGGCGGCUACACGGACAUCGUGGGGCUGCUGCUCGAGCGUGACGUGGACAUCAACAUCUAUGACUGGAAUGGAGGAACGCCACUGCUGUACGCUGUGCGCGGGAACCAUGUGAAGUGCGUGGAGGCCUUGCUGGCCCGAGGAGCUGAUCUCACCACUGAGGCUGACUCUGGCUACACCCCAAUGGACCUCGCCGUGGCUCUGGGAUACCGGAAAGUGCAACAGGUGAUCGAGAACCACAUCCUGAAACUCUUCCAGAGCAACCUGGUGCCCACCGAUCCCGAGUGAACGCCACCUGCCCCCAGGGACUCAGACACUCAGGGAACAAAACGGUUGACCCAGAGCUGGGAAAACCCAGAACUGGCUUCAAAGGCAGCUCCUGGACAGAUGGUGGGAGGGAGCCCUUCCCAAAAGAAACCAAUAAACCUUCUGUG